AUGGAUAAAAGUCGAAAUAGUAAUUUCGAUAAAUCCCGUAGAUACAGAAACGGCAGGGGAAACCACAGCCGGGGAAAAGAGAAACCAACAAACGCCCCGAAACAGCCGAAAAACAAUCGCAACUUCUCAGCCGAACUAAGGCAGAUAAUAUUAGAUGUCUUCUACAACUCUAAGCUGCCGCGCGAGUUCGAAGUAUCGAAGGAGCAGGCAGUGGAACUUCUGGACUUUAAACCCUCGUACCACUUCAAUUGCUACCUAAACUGCUGUAUUUGCUACGAAAACACACUCAUCUGCGCAAUUGGAACGUGCGAUCACAUGACGUGCCUACUAUGCUCGCUGAAGCUAACAUACUUCUACAACAAUGAGGGAAACAAGGGAAUAUACGAGUGUCCGUACUGCAAACAGCCGAACGAACACAUAUACUUCUGCGUUAACCCGUUCUACGUGCACCUGGCACUGAACAAGAGCUUCUACUCGAGCAAGGAGACGCCAGCACUGACGAAAGGAGAGCUGGUGGAGUUCAUCAAGAUACUCACGCACUCAAACGAAAGCACGAAGGAGACGGAGGAAAUACUCGCAUCAGCAACAAUCAACAUAAUGCAGCUAUAUAAAAUCUUUCUCAAAAACAGCUCGAAAGUGGCAAACAUGUUCACAAUUAACGGGCUUAUAACCUCAGUAUCGAACCUGAGUGUGUGUGAAAACAGAAGCGGAGCGCAGACAAUAUUCGAAAAAACAGCGGAGUCAGUCUCGUUCUUCGACGAGUUCCUAAUCGUGAGUAACACGAACCUGAUCUUCGAGUCGGCGAGCAUAUACUACCUCUACAAGCUGAUCACGUCGCCGCUAUGCUGGUUCGCAGAGUGCAAGGAGCGCUGGUACGUGAGCAACGUGACCAAGGAAAACCUGAGCGAGGCAAUGAAGACGGUGGCGAAGUUCAAGUUCAGCUCAUACAAGUUCCUGAACAGACACAUCAAGAGCUCGCACGCAAUGGUCUUCUGCGACAUCUGCCUGAGCUACUUCACGAACAAAAAGUUCCUCUGCGAGUUCGUGUUGUACGAGCUCACGAAGAUAGGAGAGCACGUCAAAAACGGAGACCAGGACUGCCACCCGCCGAUAAGCGCACACGUGCUGUGUCCGGCGUGUAAGACAUACCACUGGGACAUGGCGACCUUUAAGCAGCACGGCAAGGACGAACACUUCAUCUGCGAGCUCUGCGACUGCAACGACGACUCGUACAACGUAUUCUCGGACUACGCCUCGCUCUUCAGCCACUUCAAGACGUACCACUACCCGUGCGAGGAGCCGGAGUGCAUGUUCGUGGUAUUCGCAGACGAGCUGCAGCUGCAGCUGCACUACCUGUACAAGCACCCGGGCGUGACGAACACGAAGUGCAGCAAAAAGCCAGUGCAGGUGACGACGAAGUCAGCAAGAGAGCAGAAGAGCACGAAGUCGACGUCGAUGUACUCGGCGUUCGAAGACCAGUCGGGCUACGACGCGUUCUGGGACGGCUCAAUCAACAUAGUGGACCCCGCGGAGAGGAAGGAGGAGGUGUCGGAAAUCGUGGAAAACCCACUGGAGACGCUGAAGGACUCGUCGCUGGGAGGUUACUUCUUCCCGCUGGAGCCGUCGAUCAUGUCGGCGGAAGAGAACAAGGAGAAGCUGGAAAAGUUCCUGAACGGGCUUAGAGGAAGUAAAGAUCUGCCAGUGGCGUCGGACUACAUCAACAACUUCGACGUGACGAGAGCGACGCACGUGUUCAGCGACCUGGAGGCAAUGAUGGAGUACUUCAAGAGGCACGACGUGAGAGUCUUCGACGUCUCGGAGUACCUGAACGAAGUGCUGGCGAAGCUGUACGUGUGCCUGAUCACGUCGUUCACGACGCAAUACAACCAGGUGGUCUCGAGCUGCACGACGGAGGAGUGCGACGGAAGCGCGCUCUUCAACCUGGUCAAGGGAUACCUGACGAAGUUCCUCUUCCUCUUCUACAACCUGCACAUCAAUAAGCCGAGGUUCGACGCGGAGAGGUUCUGCAUUAAGCUGGACCUGCUUAAGCUGCGAGAACAGAACCCGGAGGUUAAGCUGGGCCCGAACACGCUGCUCUUCUUCAUCUGCGCGCUCAACUUCGCGAACAUCUCGAACAGGAUCAUAGUGAAGGCGGCGCUGAACGACCUGAUAGGAGACAUGAAGCUGCUCUACAAGGACGUGAAGGAGCCGCUGUCGCUCUCAGAGGCGUUCAACCUGACGAGCAAGAAGAACGCGAACUCGGCGCUGACGAUCAACGGAGACAACGUGUCCUCGACGGCGCUGAACCCGAACACGAACAUAGUGGAGCACAUCCCGAAGAAAAACAGGAACCAGAACAUAGUGAAGAUACCGCGCAAGGACUACAUCGUGUCGCUGAAGGGGAAGAAGGUGGUGAAGGCGAAGCCGGCGACGCCAGUGCUGAAGCCACAGGAGCCGACGGCGCGAGUGGAGGAGGCGGCGCCAGUAGAGGCGGACAACCCGACGCCAGUGAACAUCCCCUACGGGCACGUGCAGCUGGAGGACGUGGGCGUCGACAGCGAGACGCUCUUCAUGAACCACGUGACCACGGGCAACUUCUACGGACUCAUGUACGACAUCAUCGGAACCAUACUCGUGGCGAACCUGAAGAGGUUCAAGGCGAAGUCGUUCGAGUACUCGCUGCGAGAGACCACGAAGCUGAAGAUACUCAACAUCGCACUAUCGCAAAAACGCUCCUUCACGAACCUCGGCGAGUUCGUGAGCAUGAAGAAGCUCGAGUCGCUGCAGUCGCUCGAGCCCGAGUUCCACAGGCUCGUCAAGGAGUACAGGAACAGCGACCUGCAGACGGUGGCGACAGUCUGGACGCGCAAGUGCAUCAACGUGCUCAGGAACACGCAGGUCGAGCACCUGGAGAUCCUGCACUUCUACCUCAAGGGGAACACGGAGACGAGCAUCGAGCUCUGCAACGACACGGAGUUCCCGAGCCUCUCGAACAACGCGAACGCCGCGGAGCUGAGCACGCCCAGGAACUACGCGGGCGCGGUGGGCCUGCGCGACACGCCCAAGUACCUGAGCGAGCGCGAGUUCCCGACGCUGACGCAGACGGCCAAGUUCAAGAAGAAGCCCAACUACUCAAGGUAA